AUGAUGACGACGGACUGUGAUAUCGAUGCUUGGUGAGUUAAUUUCGACAUUUUAUUUGUAUGAUUUAACUAAUUUGUUUAGUAUUUUAGUUUCCAAAUUAAUUUCUUGAAAAUUUAUACUUCAAACUAGUUCUUUCAAUACUGACAAAUUUAAACUAAUAUAAAAAGUAAUGAUUUUGUUUUCAGCAAGAUCUUUGUUGGUGGAUUGAGUUGGCACACGGAUGAGGACGGUCUCCGGUGUUAUUUCAACAGAUUUGGACGAGUUCUUCAGGCUCAAGUAUUGAGAGAUCGUGUUACCAAUUCUUCACGGUAAGUCUUUGGAUUUUUGUUUGUUUUUAGGUAAAAAUUAAUCGAAAUGUGGGAAAUAUUAUGAAGAGAGUUUUGCUGGAAGAUUUUAUGGUUUUAAGAUUGUUAAAUGUGGAGAAAAUCUGUUUAUUAGGGCGACACAUUGAGGCAUCAAGUGUAAUAUACGUUUUUUGCUGUUGCUUGGAGGCUUUGUUAAAAUCUAAACUGUUUUUGGUUUUAAAUGAAAGAAUAUGUAUUUUUCGAGGUUUAAAACACAUUUUGCAGUUUUGAAAUUUUAAAAUCGAGGAAGAAUAUCAAGAUUUUUGAAGUCAUUUUCUUGACGGUUAGUAUAUCAUGGAUUUUGCGUUGCUGUCUGUUCAUUUUUGACUACUAUACCUUGGUUAUAGUUUAUAAAGUAGCAGUAGUUAAUGAAGAAGCUAAUGAGUAAUAUUUUGUCUUACUUUUCAGUGGAUUCGGCUUUGUAACCUUCCAAACUCCAGAGCAAGUCAAGGAAGUCUUCAAGAUUCCCAGACAUUUCAUCGACGGCAAGGAGGUGGAGCCACAACCAGCGUUGCAAGAGAUCUCUCCAGCACGCUCGGCAAAAAACAUCAACAAGAAGGUGUUCAUUGGUGGGAUUUCUCAAUAUGUCACAAUCGACGAUCUCAAGUCCUAUUUUCGGAAGUUCGGCCCCGUCGAUGAUGCUGUUAUCAAGUACGAUCAUAUGAAGGAAAGACAUCGUGGUGGGUUUAUUUUUAUGAAAAAAAGUUAAAAAUGGCUUGGUUUUUAUAUGGCAGGGUAACAAUUUGGGCAUGGGUGGAUUUUUAGCCAAAAAAGGGAGAUUAAAAGGGGGUUUGGCAAAAAAUGAAGGGUUCUUGAUGAAGAUAAGAGUUCUUCAUAUGAGUUUUCUUUUUCAGGAUUUGGCUUUGUCACCUUUGUUAACGAACAGGACGCUGAUAACGUAUGCGAGAUGCGGUUCCACGCAAUUGGAGGCAAGCGUUGUGAAUGCAAAAAGGCCAAGAGAAAGGAGGAUACUUCACCAACCAACCUGAAAGCCCUCUGUGAUGUUAUCAACGAAACCAAUUUAACUUAUCAAGAGGCUGUUGGUAAGGAAUUUGAUUAUUUUUUUGAUUUUAGGCUAAAAUGAAGAGCUGAAACUACUAUUAUUUUGUAGGUAUGCGAGUUGAUUUUGGCUGAACAGAGAUAAAAAUAUGUUGGGGAUCAUGGGUAAUAUUAUUUUUUAAGAUGCCAUAACUUCUUUGACUGAUAUGAUUUUUUUUGUAUUUGUAGUUACUGUAUAUUAAAAAUCCUACCAUAAGGUGGUUUUUAUUUUGACUAAUUACUUUUGGACAUAUGGGUGUUUGAAGUACACUAUGUCAAUAUCAAGGUCAAGACUAAACUUUUUGUUGUAACUUUAGAUGGAGCUUGCACAUAUAGCUAAAACAUGAUAUCAAGCUUGCCUACAGCAUGUUACAGUACUCUGUGAAAUUUAUUUUUGAUUAAGCAAGGCAUUUUUGGGAUACAUCAAAAUUUAUAUUAUUCAUGACCAUCAUACCACAAUUUUGGGGAAAAUUUUUGAAAAAAUUGGCGAUUUUUGUAACUACGGUAAUACGAACAGCUAUAAAUAAACAAUAUAUUUAAUUUUGAUGUUUUUCAGCAGCUCUUCGUAUGUCGGCAGUGAGAAACCGGAACGUACCGGCUCUAGUAUUCCCACCGAUUGGUACUCCUCCAAACAUGCCCAUUGUGCUUCGUCGUCCACCGCCACUGUACUUGUUCGACACGCCGUCGGACAGCGUGAGUGACAUCUUCAACGCUCCACCAACUCCAGACAUAUUGUCAAAGGUGUACGAGAGAAAGUAUUUCAAGGAGUAG